AUGAAGGUCCUCUCCAAAGAAUGCGGCAGGAAUAUGGUCAUGGCCGAAUUCGAGUCGAUGAGAGCCGCCCACGACGUCGUACCCGAGUUCGUGCCGACGCCCAUCGCGUGGGGUGCGUAUACGAGCCUCUCGGACACCUGCUUCUUCCUCUGCGAAUUCCGCGAGAUGAUAGAAGACAUGCCCGAGCCCCAUAAGUUCGCGGCUCUCCUUUCCACGCUGCACCAGAAAAGCGUCUCCCCGACCGGCAAGUUCGGCUUCCACGUCACCACGUACGCCGGCAACCUGCCGCAAUUCGUCGAGUGGGAGGACAGUUGGGAGAAGUUCUUCACCAAGAGCAUGAGGCAGGCGCUUGACUUCGAGAUCGAGAGAAAGGGGCCGAGUGAGGAACUUGAAGUACUGUCUCAAGCCCUGUUUGAGAGAGUGAUCCCGAGGCUCCUGCGACCCCUCGAGAGCGAUGGUCGAACCGUGAAGCCUUCGCUAGUCCACGGAGAUCUCUGGGUGCUUGAUGUUAUGAGGGAUUUGGUUCAGAGAUACGGCCAGGAUUGCAUGAGCGACGACCAGACACAGGUUUCGAAACAAGUCGAGUCUUCAAAUCUCAUCUCUUAG